AAGACAUCAAUUAUUGGAACCUAAAAUGAGAAUGAGAUUAACACAAAACUUCUUGAUUCUGGUUCUACUUGCAUUGCGUUAUCAUGCUGAUUCUGCCUCCAUUGUGAAGUUCCUUCCUGGUUUUGAAGGUCCUCUUCCUUUCGAACUUGAAACGGGGUACAUUGGUCUUGGUGAGAAAGAGGAACUACAAAUGUUCUACUAUUUCAUUAAGUCAGAGAAUAAUCCACAUGAAGACCCUCUUCUUAUUUGGUUAACUGGAGGACCUGGAUGCUCUUCUCUUUUUGGCCUUAUAUUUGAGAACGGGCCUUUAGCUUUGAAGUUUGAGGUUUACAAUGGAAGUAUCCCUUCUUUAGUCUCCACUACAUAUUCAUGGACAAAGACGGCGAACAUAAUAUACUUGGAUCAGCCUAUUGGAUCUGGCUUCUCCUACUCAAGAACUCCACUUGUUGAUAAAGUUAGUGACACAGGUGAAGUAAAGAAGAUUCAUGAGUUUCUUCAAAAGUGGCUAAGCAAGCAUCCACAAUUUUCCUCCAACCCAUUUUACGUUGCCGGAGAUUCUUAUUCUGGUAUGAUUGUUCCGGCUGUUGCUCAAGAAAUCUCAAAAGGAAAUUAUAUAUGUUGCAGACCUCUAAUAAACCUACAGGGCUAUAUUCUGGGAAACCCGGUAACAGAUACUAAAUUGGAACACAACUAUCUUAUUCCAUAUGCUUAUGGAAUGGCAUUAAUCUCGGAUGAACUCUAUGAGUCAAUGAAAAGAAUCUGCAAAGGAAAUGUGAACUCACGUAACACAGAAUGCUUGAAACUCACUCAAAUUUACCAAAAGUGUACCGACAGAUUAAAUAAAUACCAUAUACUACUACCGGAUUGCGACAAGACAUCUCCUGGUUGCUUUCUUUAUAAAUAUUUCCUCCUUGAAAAAUGGGCCAAUAACAAGAGAGUUCGCAAAUCUCUUCAAGUUAAUAAGGGGAGUAUAAGGGAAUGGAGGCAAUGUAAUUAUGAUGGUAUUCUGUAUAAUUACGACAUUCAGAGCAGCGUACCAUACCACAAGAAUAACAGCAUUAAUGGUUUCCGAUCUCUUAUCUUCAGUGGUGAUCAUGAUAUGACGGUGCCUUACCUUGCAACACAAGCCUGGAUAAGAUCUCUCAAUUACUCGAUCAUUGAUGACUGGAGGGCUUGGAUGAUAAACGAUCAAAUCGCUGGAUAUACGAGAACUUAUGCCAAUAAGAUGACAUUUGCUACUGUUAAAGGAGGUGGACACACGGCAGAUUAUAAACCAGAUGAGACAUUUAUUAUGUUCAAAAGGUGGAUCAGUGGCCAGCCUUUGUAAUAGGACUUUAUCUGUUGACAUGAUUUGUAAAACAACCUAAUCAGUUUCAUAUUUCGUCAAAGCCAUUUGGAUCCACAUAUAUCAUCAAUAUAAUCAGUUUCAUAGUCAGAUUGUAAAA